UAUAUUUUUAAGAAAUCACUUAAUAUGAUAAUUGAUGGGAGGUAAAUUUGCCCACCACGCCUUAAAUGAUUCAGUGGUAGCCGCCAGCCUUUCUUGUGGUUAUAACGCUGCUGAUUCACGAUUUUCUUGUCAAGUCAAAAAUGGCAGAACAGAGCAAGAAAAUAAGCAUAGCAGCUGAACUUCAAGCAGUGAAGCACAAGUCAGGCAAGACUUAUGGUCAGAUUGCUGAAGAAACUGGAUUGACGAAUGUUUAUGUUGCUCAGCUAUUCAAGCAAGCCCAGUUGAAGCCUGAUACUGUCCCUAAAUUACGAGCAUCCUUGCCUGAGCUGCCUGAGGAGUUAAUUCAAGAAAUGAUGCGGCCACCUCUCAGGUCAUAUGAUCCUAAUUUAAUUCAAGACCCAACUGUUUAUAGGCUCAAUGAAGCUGUUAUGCAUUUUGGUGAGAGCAUUAAAGAAAUUAUCAAUGAGGAAUUUGGUGAUGGCAUCAUGUCUGCUAUAGACUUCUAUUGUUCUGUUGACAAAAUUAAAGGUGUGGAUGGAAAAGAGCGUGUUGUUGUGACUUUUGAUGGGAAGUACUUGCCACAUUCUGAGCAGAAAUCUGAACACAUGAUGUCAAGGUUGAGAUUACAAGGAAAUUAAGCAAAUCAUUGCUGCAGUGCCAGUCAGAAGUUAUUCAUAUAUUUUGUCGUGGAACAAAUGUACUAUGCCAAGUAAUCCGUUCUCAGUGUUUGGGGCAUGCCCUUAAACAAUAAUGGUUGAAGUAUCAUCUUUGUCCUUACUAAUGUACUUGCACUUGGAACUGAAUUGGUGUACCACAAAGUUUUCUUACAGUAAAGCUGAAAUUCUGUGUGUGGCAUCAGUUUGCAUUGAA